AUGAGUGGGCCAAAGGACCAACUCGUGAUCGCUAUCGAUUUUGGUACAACUUUCAGUGGCAUUGCAUAUGCUUUCAGAAAGGACGCGAAGCCAGACGUGAUGUCCAUUAUGGAUUGGCCAGGACUCGAAGGCUUCCAACAGCCCAAAGUCCCUACCAUACUCAGUUACGAUGCAAUCAAUAAGAGCUCAUUCACAUGGGGAGCUCAGAAGCACAAGAACGACAUUCUACGGGGUGUCAAGCUGCUUCUCGACCUCGAUCAACCUCGACCUACUUACUUGGCUGAGUCUGUUGCAAAGGCUGACCUCCAAGAAUUGGGAAAAUCUGCAGUAGAUGUCGCUGCAGAUUAUCUCGGCGCAAUGUACAAACAUGCUAUGACCGUCAUUAGCUCCAAAAUGCCGAUUGAGUACUUGGCGUUAUGCGACCAACAGUUUGUACUAUCUGUGCCCGCCGUCUGGUCAGACAAGGCAAAAAACCUUACCUUACGGGUUGGUGACGCCUUCGUGAUUUGCGACGCCGGCGGUGGUACAGCCGACUUGAUAUCCUACGAAAUUGCUAGAUUGCUCCCUCGAUUAGAGCUCAAAGAGCUUGUCCCUGGUACAGGUGGCAUGGCUGGUUCACUGGGACUCAACAGGCGUUUCGAACAGACUGUAAAAGAUCUUGUGGGCGAAGUCGAGUACUUGAGAUUGAGAAAAACUGUCGGUUUUGAGCAAGCUGUUGAUCAAUUCGACAAGACUCGCAUUUUUGACCCACUCAUUGAAGACAUUCAGAGACUCGUGAAGGAUCAGGUGAGACUUGUGAGGAUGAAGCAAGUGUCAAAUGUUGGUACAAAGCCAAUUAAGGCGAUAUUCCUUGUCGGCGGCUUUGGAUCCAGCGCAUAUCUGAAAGCCAGUCUGGAGGCAGAUCACCCUGAUAUCCAGGUGAUCCAACCGCAUGGAGCUUGGGCAGCGAUUAACACCACUAAUUUUGCCAGGACCUGGUACAUCAACAGUGGCCAAGACCUGAAGCGCGACCAGACUAUCCGUUUCCCGUUCUAUCGCUCGCUUGCAGAAGGCUACCACAACUAUCAACUGAUCUUCUAUGACGAUCUAAUUCAAAGCGAAGACGAGGAUGCACCAGUUCACCCAUCCGCUGCUGCAACACGAACCAACUGCACCCUCACUGCCGAUCUUCGAGCCGUGCCUCUCAACACUUUCACUAGGAAUGUCGGCACAGAUGGUAUCACAUAUCAUCAAGUCCACUACCACCUAGUCAUCAAGAUUGAGUCCGCCGUCAUGAAGGUCUCUCUUGAGAUCAAUGGACAGGAGAUGGGCACUGUGGAUGCAAAGUAUGAAUGA